GUCACACUGCUUUGCAAAAUUGCAAUAUCAUUAGACAGCUUCGAGUUUAUAAGGCAAAAACGUUUAUGUUUAUAGUUUAUUAAAAACUUUUGAAAAACAAACAGCAAAGAUGACCGUGACUGCCGCACCAUGCAACGAAAGUAUUCGUGAAAAGGCCCUGUCCGACUACAGAAAGAAGCUGUUGGAGCACAAAGAAGUUGAGGGGCGACUGAAAGAAAAACGGGAGGAACUGAAGGAGCUGACAAAACUAUAUGAUAAAUCGGAGAAUGAUUUAAAGGCUCUGCAAAGCGUGGGCCAAAUUGUUGGCGAGGUGCUGAAACAAUUGACAGAGGAUAAGUUUAUUGUGAAGGCCACAAAUGGACCACGCUAUGUGGUAGGAUGCCGUCGCCAGCUAGAUAAGGCCAAAUUGAAGUCUGGCACACGCGUUGCUUUAGAUAUGACCACUUUGACCAUAAUGCGAUAUCUGCCACGCGAAGUUGAUCCGUUGGUCUACAACAUGUCCCAUGAGGAUCCUGGCGAUGUCACCUAUUCGGCAAUUGGUGGUCUUACAGAACAAAUACGUGAACUACGAGAAGUUAUCGAAUUGCCAUUACUUAAUCCUGAGCUGUUUCUGCGCGUUGGAAUCACGCCUCCAAAGGGCUGCUUGCUUUACGGUCCACCUGGCACAGGUAAAACUUUGCUCGCACGUGCAGUUGCGUCCCAGCUGGAUGCGAAUUUCCUCAAGGUUGUCUCCUCGGCCAUUGUGGAUAAAUAUAUUGGCGAGAGCGCACGCUUGAUACGUGAAAUGUUUAAUUAUGCACGCGAUCAUCAGCCGUGCAUCAUAUUCAUGGAUGAGAUUGAUGCGAUUGGUGGACGCCGUUUCUCAGAGGGUACUUCUGCCGAUCGUGAGAUACAACGCACACUAAUGGAGCUCCUCAAUCAAAUGGAUGGCUUCGAUUCGUUGGGUCAAGUGAAAAUGAUCAUGGCCACCAAUCGACCAGAUACGCUGGAUCCCGCUCUACUACGUCCAGGUCGCUUGGAUCGUAAAAUUGAAAUUCCCUUGCCAAAUGAGCAAGCACGUUUGGAGAUCUUAAAGAUUCAUGCGCUUAAGAUCGCAAAACAUGGCGAAAUUGAUUACGAAGCUAUAGUCAAAUUGUCCGACAAUUUUAAUGGCGCCGAUUUGCGUAAUGUCUGCACCGAGGCAGGCCUCUUUGCCAUCAGAGCUGAACGAGAAUAUGUAAUUCAGGAGGACUUUAUGAAGGCCGUGCGCAAAGUCUCCGACAACAAGAAGCUGGAAAGCAAAUUGGAUUACAAACCAGUUUAAUUUUUCUUUAAAUAUUAAAUAUAUAAAUAACAUCUCUGCAAAAAGAAUUAACU